GAAAUUGAAGAUGAAACUGAACAUAAUACCAAGUUGAAUGCUCUCUUAUAUCAUCAGAGCGAAGAUACGAUUGAUUUAUAUAAACAGCAGAACAACUCUGCUGAUCUUUUAGGUAGACUAUAUUAUGACGAUUAUGAUUCAGACUCCAUCAAAUCACCACUAGUUUCUGGAAGUGUAACACCCACGUUAUCGCCUGUAAUAGCCCCUAUUCCAUUGGACUUCCAGUCGCUUCCCAGGCGACCCAAUUUGAACCGGUUGCAGUCUUUUGAACGUGGAGUUUCGUUCGACACUUCGAGGAAUGAGCAUCGAAAGUCGCUCAUCUUCAAACUUAAACAUCCGCAGUACAGAUUCAGGAGGAAUAACAAGACAUUCUUAACUGGUUUCAACAACGAUACUGAAUCAUUGAGGGCUAUCGAGUGGCUCUUCGAAGAAAUGGUAAUUAAUGGUGAUUCAAUUGUAGUACUCCAGGUUUUAGAUGAGAAAACCCACCAUGCUGUUGACAUGGAACGGGCUAACAGAGCACUCGCCAAGAUCGAUGCCAUCAACAGCAGAUUGAAGAAAGUAUCACUUGUGUACGAAGUAGUGAUCGGGAAGCCACAGAAGCUCUUGAAGAAGGCUAUCGACGAAUAUAGACCUGCUAUGAUGUGCAUAGGAACGCAUCAUUAUGAUGGUAAGGAGACAAAUCAUCGGUCAUUUUUGUCGAAGCAGUCGUUUUCCAAACAUUUUUUAGAAUGUGCGUUAGUUCCUGUCAUUAUUGUCAAGCCUUCGUACCACCAUAUCGAAGAAUUAGAGAGUCCUAUUUUGAAUCCUCAAUACUUCCAGAAGUGGAUUGCUGACAUCGACAUCAGUGGAACGUAUACCAAAAAGAGAACCAAGCCUAGCAUCAUAAGCCCCACUAAUUCUAGAAACAGUUCCUACACUAACUUGGCUGGAGAUGAAGAGAGAGGCAGAAACAGUGGUUCUGCAUCCCCAUCUGUGUCAGACUCUGAGCGAUCGAGAUCAAGGUCAACUUCCAAAUCCAGAGGCUUUAGAGGGUUUUUCAGUCACCACUAG